AUAACUAAGCUCGAUCAGUGGAAACCUAACAUGGCUUUUAUAAUUUUAGGAGAUAACGUCUUGCUUUGACUUCUUUUUCUUUUUGAUACCUCAAAGGAGAUUAUUUGGAGUAUGUCUUAACAGAUUUACCAAUAUUUUUUCCUUGAAAUAAGAUAUUCGAAUGGUGUAUUUCUUGAUGACGGACAAGGAGCUGGCGAAGACAUGCAAAAAUUUAUGCCCGUGGUUACACGAUGUCGAGACUCAAACUGAACCAUACAAAGAAGAGUCCAGGUCUCCGUGGUAUAGGUGAAUCACGUGAUUAUGGCCGAAGUUGACGGGUUCACAGUUAUCGAUCUUCCAAAGAAAGGUAAAAAUGUGAAGAAAAGUCCCGAGAAAAAGAUGCCAGACGGCCGUGUUUGCCCUGACCACUUCAGGGGUUGGCUGCUUAAGUGGACUAACUACAUUAAAGGUUAUCAAAGACGUUGGUUUGUGCUGUCCAAUGGUUUAUUGUCGUACUACAGGAGCCAGGCAGAAAUGGCUCACACAUGCAGGGGAACUAUUAAUUUAGCGGGGGCUUUUAUCGACACGUUAGACGCUUGUAGUUUCGUAAUCUCAAAUGGCGGCACUCAAGCUUUCCACCUUCGAGCCUCAAGCGAAGUAGAGAGACAGAGAUGGGUUACAGCCCUUGAACUGGCUAAAGCUAAAGCUAUUAAAAUGCUGGAAUCAGAUGAGGAAGAAGAUGAACCAUUUGAGGACAUCAAGCCGUUGAGUGCAAAACUGGAAGACCUCCAUACUUGUAAUGAUUUGGUAGGAAAACAUGGCUCAGCAUUGCAGCGUUCUAUAGGGGAGCUACAAGAAAUUGAAGAUAAUCAAACUCUUAUCAACAAAUUGAAGGCUGUCAACGAGAAGGCAACACUUUUCCGUAUCACCUCUAAUGCCAUGAUCAGUGCCUGUGCUGAAUUCCUGGACUUGGCCCAGGCACAAGAGAAAAAGUGGCACAAAUCCUUAGAAUAUGAAAGACACCAACGUAUCAACCUAGAAGAGACUGUCGAAGUCCUAGCAAGACAGCACAAUUUUCUAGAGCGAGCAUGUCAACGGCGAGGUGGUGGCCCUCCGGGAGAACCACCAGAUGAAGUAGUAGCUAAUGACAGCGAUGAAGAUGAAAAUGAAUUCUUUGAUGCAAUAUCAGAACAUUCAGUUAGUGAUUUAUCUGUGAGGGGUAGCCAAGAAAGUAUACAAAGCUCAACCAGUUCAGAAAGCUAUGGAAAAGAGGUGGAGGCCAAACCACUGUUGCCUAAAGAAAUGGAAAACAAAGUAGAAGGGAAAAAAAAUGAAAAGCUCAAAGAGAACACAGUCACAACUCUGGCCACAGUAUUUCCUCAGAGUGGUACAUUUGCUGCUAUAUCAUCUUAUCCCUCUUUUGAUAAGGAAUCAGUAAAGAAGCGUAGAACGUCCAUUCAACCUAGACCAGAUAUUAGUAUAAACUUGUGGAGUAUACUAAAGAAUUGUAUAGGAAAAGAACUCACAAAGAUUCCUAUGCCAGUCAACUUUAAUGAACCUUUGUCUAUGUUACAAAGAUUAACAGAGGACAUGGAGUAUUCAGAAGUACUUGACAGAGCAGCAGCUUGUCAUUCAUCGUUAGAACAAAUGUGUUACGUUGCUGCAUUUACUGUUUCUUCAUAUUCAACUACUAGUCAUAGAACAGGCAAACCAUUCAAUCCACUGCUGGGGGAGACUUUCGAAUGUGAUAGGUCAUUGGAAAAAGGAUGGCGUUCACUUGCGGAGCAGGUGAGCCAUCACCCACCAGCAUCAGCACUUCAUGUUGAACAUAAGGACUGGAUAUUCUGGCAAGAAUUCACAGCUACAAGCAAGUUCCGUGGCAAAUACCUGCAGAUCAUCCCACAAGGAGUAGCACAUUUGAAAUUUACAAAAUCAGGCAAUCAUUACACUUGGAGAAAAGUUACUACAACAGUACAUAAUAUUAUAGUAGGAAGACUUUGGGUUGAUCAGUCUGGUGAGAUGGACAUAGUCAAUCACACCACAAAUGAGAAUUGCCAUCUAAGAUAUGAUGCUUAUAACUACUUUGGUAGAGACACUCCCAGAAAGGUUACUGGUGUGGUUACUGAUGCUUCCAAGGUGGUACGAUAUGUUAUAUCAGGAACAUGGGACCACAAAAUUGACUGUGCCAAAGUAGUUUAUCAUAAGCCAUCAGGUGGUAAAGGAGCAGUGCCUCCAUCCUCUCAGAAGGGACAACCCCAGACCCUUCCACCUUCCACAAUAUGGACAAGAGUCUUACCCCCCCCAGAGCAUGACCAAAUGUACUUUAUGACAGAGUUUGCCAUUACUUUAAAUGAGGAGGAAGAUGGAGUUGCCCCUACAGAUUCUCGUAACAGACCUGAUCAACGUCUGAUGGAGAACGGCAAGUGGGAAGAGGCCAACCAGGAGAAACUUAGAAUAGAAGACAAGCAAAGAGCAUGGAGACGUCGCAGAGAACAAGAAUCUGCUGAUGCUCUGAAUGAAGGCAUUGUUUUAGAAAGCUACAAGCCUGUCUGGUUUGAACAAAUUGUUGAUGAACUAACCGAAACUCCUAUGCAUGUAUACAAGGGGGGUUACUGGGAGGCCAAAGAAAAAGAGGAUUUUUCUUGUUCUCCAGAUAUAUACUGAAUUUUGCAAGAAAAUCAGUCUACAGAAUCAAUAUUAAUAACCACUAUUAUUGUCCCAUGAUUGAAUUCAGUUCGGCAAUGAUCCAAUCCAAGAACAGUAGUCUUACAAUUUUUUUCUCAUUUCAAUCCUCAUCAUAGGGGCCACCAUCCUCAUCUGCUAAAGCUCCUGACAGUGUUUUUUUGGGAAUUUAGAUACAAUAAUAAAAUUCGCUUUGCUUUAUUCAAAAUUACAUUUUAUUCUUGUAACAGCUUAGUGUUGCAAGCUGAAGAUAGUUUGGAAAGCAUGUUAAUCGGCAAUUUUUUCCAGUUUUCUGUAAGGCAUAACUACACUUCUUGGUUCAAAAUAUGUAGUUCCUCUCAUGAUGAUUUAAGGUCUUGGUUAAAUCUGACAAUUCUUCUUUUAACUGAAAAAGGUUAUAAUAACUUUACAGGUGAUAACAUCAGUAAUGAUAUUUAAAUUUAAAUAGGUUGUAAUUAAGCCUUGUGGAAUUGAGCUAACUUCACAAUAUCUAUACCAUUUCAGAUGCUUAGGUUUUUCAUAAGCUGAAACUUAUUAAAGGAAAAUUAUCUUUGCAUAGUUAGCUUAUAAAAAGAUUUGGUGUUAAAGCUUGAUGGUAGUUGCAAAGAAACAUAAGUUCUUUUUUACAGUUCACAGUCAAUCAUAUCAUUGUAGUAAAUGUUUCAUUGGUAGAUUUCAAUCACUCUCACAGGCGCGUAUUUAGGGGGGCUCCUAGUGUGCCCAUAACCCCCUUUCUAAGCCACAAAAGUGAUAAAAAAGAGCAAAUCAUACCAUAGUGUUAUGACGUCAUGAUAAAAAAUUUGGUGUGUAGGGACCCCCUUUUGAAAAAUCCUAGAUACGCCCUUGUCUUAAUAUGCUUUUUAUAGGUGGUUUGCUGUCAUYCCCAAGAGAACAAUAUUAAACUAACCUUUAAUGCCAAAUUGGUUGAUAAAAGAAAUCAAAGUAAUUUUUUUGUUUAAUUCAACUAACAUGGUAUCCACAAAAGCCAGUGAUAAAUAAACCUUCAGGAAAUAAAUGAAGAGAUUACUUUUUAUUGUUAUCAAAUGAAUUAUUAAAUGUAUGUAAAAUGUUCUGGGGGCGAAUAAUUAUUUUAAAGUUAGUAGCAGGGGGUCUCUCUUGAAAGCUCUUAAUUUUGCUUUGGUAGAUUUGCAUAUUUAUUGCAAGUCCAAGACCUUAAUUCGAGGAGAUUCUUAUGUUCUUUGUGCUAUAAAAAAUAGAUCUUUUCACUUUGGAUGUAAUGUUUUCCCAUUUCAGACCACAUGUCAUUCCAUCGAGAAUAUGCACAAUUAUUUGUGUUGUAUGAUUCCAUGUGCAGCCAUUUAACAACGAAUUCCCUGCUAGCAGAGUCUCUCUUCUCUUUCUUUCCUUUCUUUCAGGUGGGGAGGAAGGAGACUCUGCCAAUGUAGAGGUUUCCUUUGAUACACCGCCAUCCACGAUUGUGGAUAAACAAAACCAGUUUUAAAACCGGUUUUYAACCGAUUACAUGUAGUGUGCAUGAGCAAAUGUAACACCGUAGCGCCAAACAUUGUUUGACGAGAGCAGCUGUCAAAAUCAUGAGUCCAGCAUUGCUAAGUUACGUCACACAUGCACAACAGAAAUAAUGUCCUACAUCAGCAGAGUCUAUUUUUGUCUCUCAACCAAAACAAAAGCAAAAUAGGCUCUGCUAGCAGGGAAAACAAAGAAUUGAUGCUCUAGAGAAUAACAUGAAAUGGGGAAACAUUUCACCCCAGUUAAAGAGGUCUGUUAAGACUCUAAAAGGCCUGUCUAUUGAGGCAGUUUAUUAAAAAAUGCAAGACUGUUUAA